AUGUUUAUGCGAAACGUUUUUGUCGCGGCUGUCAGCCUGCAGGCUCUCGUCGAGGGCGUCGUUGCCCAGGAAAAGGUUACUCUCACCAAGUAUGUCACCAAAGCCAAGGCCAAGCCUACCAACGCCUACCCGGUUCCCGAUGUUCCUGAGCCUGAGGUUACCGUCAUCCCUACCUCUUACAUCGAGGACGGAACCACCAUCUUCGUCGACGAGACUGUCACCAUCCCUUGCUCCAGGUGCACAGCUAGCACUGCUGGCGAAGCCGAUGCCGAGGCUACCUCUGAGUUUGAGGUUAUCAGCACUGUCAUCACCACCGAUGCUGGCGAGGUUUCCGACCAGACUGCUGAGGUGACUGUCAUUCCUACUUCUUACAUCACCGACGGUACUACCAUCUUUGUCGACGAGACCAUCACCAUUCCUUGCACCAAGUGUGCUGGAGGCAAGAAGACCGAGACCGAGGCUGGUGCUGAGGAGACCUCUGAGGCUGCCGUCGAGAGUGAGGUCACUACUGGUGGUGAUGCUCUGGCUCAGGGCACAUCUUCUGAGGAAGCUGCUUUCGAGACCCUUUCCACUGAUGUUGCUGAGGCUACUGAGUCUGGCGAUGUUCCCGCUCAGACCGCCGAGGUGACUGUCAUCCCUACCUCUUACAUCACCGACGGUACUACCAUCUUCGUUGACGAGACCAUCACCAUCCCCUGCACCAAGUGCGCUGGCGGCAAGAACACCAAGACUGCACCCGCCGAGGGAGCUGAGGAGACCACCACUGGUGCCGACCUCGAGGCUUCCGAAGCCCUCGGUGUUGCCACCUCUGAGGCUGCCGAGGAGGAGACCACUGUUGCUACUGGAGCUGCUGCCGAGUCCACCGCUGUUGAGAACGACACCCAGACUGCCAACACCGCUACUGAUGAGGCCGCUGCCAGCACUGAGGCCGAGACCCCUAUCCUCACUUCCAUCAUCCCUAGCGUCAUCCUCACCACUGGUAACAGCCAGAACACUGUCAUUUCUAAGCCCGGUCCUUUCGCUAACACCACUAUGACUGCCCCUGCUGUCGUCGACACCACUGCUGCCGACGAGCUCCCCGCUGCUUCCGAGGUUGCUACCAGCAGCGCUGUUGUCAGCAAGAUCAACAAGCCUGUCAUCGUUGUCAUCCGUGAGGUUACCAUCUUCCACCGCACCAUCGUCAUUGGUGCUGCCUGCCCUCCUGUCAAGCGUGGCAACAAGGACGAUUUCGUUGUCGGUACCGGUUCCGACGAGAAGACCUUCACCAAGAUCGAUGAGGCUCUUGAUGAUGCUUGUAGCAAGCAGGCCAAGGCUUGUGCUGAGAGCGCUGGAAAGAACUACGCCGUUGCCGACUGCCAGAAGCAGCUCGAGAUCUGCCGCACUGAUGCCUCUUCCACUGCCAAGGCCCCUACUGGUGACAUGAAGGAGUCCACUGAGACCGCUACCGUCAUCCUUCCUUCUGACGCUCCUGUUACUACUGGCAAGGACAACAAGCCUGCUGUUGGUGGUCACGUUGUCAUCUCUACCCGCACCCUCACUGUCUCUGAGUCUUGCGUUAUCUCCGAUGGUACUCCCGUCAUUGAGACCCCUGCUUCCACUGACGCCGCUGCCACCACUGUCCAGACUGCCGAUGCCGAGACCACUGACGCCGCUGCCGAGACCACUGAGGCUGCUGCCGAGACCACCUCUGCGGGUGAUGUCGCUGGCUCUACCGCUCUGGGUGUCGCCACCUCUGAGGUCCCAGAGGUUGUCACAACUGUCACUAUGACCAAGCCCAACGGCGAGGUUACCGUCACCUCCAUGACCCUCACCAACGGUGUCGCCACUGGCACUGGCACUGUUGUCCACCCCGGAAACACUGAGACCAAGGUUGUCUCCGAUGCUGAGACCUCUGCGGCUCCCGUUGAGACCAUGCCUGUUGUCGAGACCCCCCCUGCCGCCGAGGUUUCUUCUGCUCUCGGUGUUGAUACCAGCGAGGAGGCUACCACUGUUGUCACUGGAACUCAGACCGGUGUCGUUGUCAUCACCAUGACCAAGCCUAACGGCGAGGUCAGCCUCACCACCAUGACUGUCACAGCUGGUGUCCCUACCGGAACCGGUGUCGUUACCGUUCCUGCUGCCGAGACCACUGCUGUGGAGGCCCCUGCGGAGACUUCUGAGGCCGCUGCCGAGACCACUAUUGUUCCUGGUGGCCAGCAGACCACUGUCGUUGGCGACAAGACUAUCACACACACCGUCACCAACCAGAUCACUUCCUACGUCACCGUUGGUGUUGACACCGUUACCGCUGGCACUGAGACCAUCACAAAGACCUUGACCAACGAGGUUACCCAGACCGUCACUGUCCCCAGCGAGGAGAUCACCAAGACUGUCACUAUGCCCGCCGGUGGAGAGGUUGUCAAGACCGUCACUCUUCCUUGCGCUGGUGAGCAAGGUGCCAACGUCGUCACCCAGGUUGUCACCAUGUGCCCUGCCCCUACCACCAUGGCCACUGCCUCUACCAAGGCUCCCGAGACAGUCUACGUGACCGCCACUGUCGAGGCUCAGAACAUGAAGCCUGCUCCUUACCAAGCCCCUGGCCGCUUCCGCCGCAUGCUCGGUCUCUGA